AUGGAAAGAUGGGGAGCCAGAGAUCCCUGGAGUUUCAGGAGGAAGAAAACAGCUACAGUGGAGGGUGGAAGUGGACUCAGGCAGGAACUUGGGGAACACAGGACUGGAGGAGGCACUGAGGAAUAUGUUUGGCAUGUGCUGACGGGACUUCACGCUCCAGCUGGGCUGGGAGGAGCUUGGAGGGGAGGGCAGAGGCCUGGAGUGUCCGGUAGUAGGGCCAGGGCAGCCAUCCUGGGCUUCGGGGAUGUGGGAGGUCUGGCCUCAGGCCCCCGAGGCUUCUGGGCCCUGCCUGACAACAUCACAGUGGUAGAAGGGGGCACUGCAGAGCUGCGAUGUGGGGUCAGCGCCCCUGGCAGUGCAGUACAAUGGGCCAAAGAUGGACUCCUCCUGGGGCCUGAUCGGCAGAUCCCGGGCUUCCCUCGGUACCAGAUGAAGGGGGAUCCUGCUAGAGGUGAAUUCCACCUGCAGAUCAACGCCUGCGACCUCAGUGAUGAUGCCGAGUAUGAGUGCCAGGUUGGCCGUUCAGAAACAGGCCCUGAGCUUGUGUCCCCCAGGGUGAUCCUCUCCAUCUUGGUGCCCCCCAAGGAGCUUCAGCUAACCCCUGAGGCAGGGAGCAUCGUCACAUGGGUAGCUGGGCAGGAAUACGAGGUCAGCUGUGUGUCUGGGGACGCAAAGCCAGCGGUGGACAUCAAUUUCCUUCAGAGUGGACAAACAGUUAAUGACAUCUCUACAGACGUGGAUUCAGGGUCCCAAGAGAAACUCUUCAUCACAGAGGCCACAGCCAGGGUGAUACCCCAGAGCUCAGAUAAUGGACAGCUACUGGUCUGUGAGGCUUCCAGCCCAGCCCUGGACACACCUCUCAAGGUCUCCAUCACUAUGAAUGUUCUGUUCCCUCCAGGGCCCCCCAUCAUUGAGUGGCCAGGCCUGGAUGAGGGGCAUGCACGGGCCGGACAGAACUUGGAGCUGCCAUGCAUAGCUCGAGGGGGAAAUCCGCCAGCCACACUGCAGUGGCUAAAGGAUGGGCAACCCAUGUCUACAGCAUGGGGCACAGAACAUGUGCAGGCUGUGGCCCGCAGUGUCCUGGUGAUGAUCGUGCGGCCAGAAGACCAUGGGGUGCGACUCAGCUGUGAAUCCCACAAUAGUGUGUCUACAGGCAGCCAGGAACGCGGGGUCACGCUUCAGGUCACCUUUCCCCCCAGCGCCAUUACCAUCCUGGGCUCUGCCUCCCAGUCGGAGAACAAGAACGUGUCGCUCUCCUGCAUCACCAAGUCCAGUCGCCCACGGGUCCUGCUGCGCUGGUGGCUGGGCUGGCGGCAGCUGCAGCCCACAGAGGAGACGGUGAUGGACGGCCUGCACGGAGGCCACAUCUCCAUGUCCAACCUGACAUUCUUGGUCCGACGAGAAGACAAUGGUCUCACCCUCACAUGUGAGGCCUUCAGUGAGGCCUUCACCAAGGAGACCUUCAAAAAGUCUCUCACCCUGAAUGUGAAAUAUCCUGCCCAAAAGCUGUGGAUUGAAGGACCCCCCGAAGGACAGCACCUCCGGGCAGGGACCCGAGUGAGGCUGGUGUGUUUGGCUAUUGGUGGCAACCCGGACCCCUCACUCACCUGGUACAAGGACUCCCGCACGGUGUCCGAACCACGGCAGCAGCAGGAGCCACGCCGAGUGCAGCUGGGAAGCGUGGAGAAGUCCGGGAGCACCUUUUCCCGUGAGCUGGUGCUCAUCACGGGCCCGUCGGACAACGAGGCCAAGUUUAUGUGCAAAGCGGGCCAGCUCAGUGUUUCCACGAAGCUGGUGGUGCAAUUUCCCCCCACUAACUUGACCAUCCUGGCAAACGUGUCUGAGCUUCGCCCCGGGGAUGCUUUGAACCUAACGUGCAUCAGCAUUAGCAGCAAUCCUCCGGUCAACCUGACUUGGGACAAGGAGGGAGAGAGGCUGGAGGACUUGGCAGCUGCCCCCCGGACUGCGCCCUUCAAAGGCUCUGCUGCUGCCAGGACUGUCCUGCUGCGAAUGUCCUCCCGGGAUCACGGCCAACGUAUCACCUGCAGCGCGCACAGUCCCAAGCUCCGGGAGACCGUGAGCGCCUUCUACCACAUCAAUGUGCUGUACCCUCCAGAGUUUCUUGGGGAGCAAGUGCUCGCGGUGACCGCGGUGGAGCAGGGCCAGGCACUACUGCCCGUGUCGGUGUCUGCCAACCCCUCCCCAGAGGCCUUCAACUGGACCUUCCGUGGCUACCGCCUGAGCCCAGCUGGAGGACCCCGACAUCGCAUCCUGGCCGGCGGGGCUCUGCAACUGUGGAACGUGACCCGGGCAGAUGAUGGUCUCUAUCAGCUGCACUGUCAAAACUCGGAGGGCACAGCCGAGACCCUCGUGAGGCUGCACGUUCACUAUGCUCCCAUCAUCCGAACUCUUCAAGACCCCACUGAGGUGAACGUUGGGGGUUCUGUGGACAUUGUCUGCAUUGUUGAAGCGAAUCCCAUUCUUCCAGAGAUGUUCAGCUGGGAGAGGCUGGGAGAAGAGGAGGAGGAGGAGCAGACCCUAGAAGACAUGGAGCAGGUGUCAAAGGGACCCACGGGGCGCCUUCGGAUCCGAAAUGCUAAGCUGACCCAGGCUGGUGCUUACCAGUGCAUUGUGGAUAAUGGGGUGGCACCUCCAGCCCGAGGACUGGUCCGUCUUGUUGUCAGAUUUGCCCCCCAGGUGGAGCACCCCACUCCCCUAUCGAAGGUGGCUGCAGCUGGGGACAGUACCAGUUCUGCCACCCUCCACUGUCGUGCUCGAGGUGUUCCCAACAUCGUCUUCACUUGGACCAAAAAUGGGGUCCCUCUGGAUCUCGAGGAGCCCAGGUACACGGAGCACACCUACCAUCAGGGCAGUAUCCACAGCAGCCUCCUGACUAUCGCCAACGUGUCUGCGGCCCAGGAUUACGCCCUCUUCACGUGCACAGCCACCAACCCUUUGGGCUCGGACCACACCAACAUUCAACUCGUCAGCAUCGGCCGCCCAGAUCCUCCAUCGGGGUUAAAAGCUGUGAGUGUGACCCCAUCCUCUGUGGACCUGCAGUGGAAACCUGGCUUUGAUGGCGGCUUACCUCAGAGGUUCCACAUCAGGUAUGAGAUUCUGGGGACUCCAGGCUUCUUCUACAUGGAUGUCCUACCACCUCAAGCUACAACCUUCACUCUGACUGGGCUGCAGCCAUCAACACGGUAUAGGAUCUGGCUGCUGGCUAGCAACGCACUGGGGGAGAGCGUCCUGGACAGCAAGGGGGCCAGGAUCUCUCUCACCACCCCAGGUUUGGAGCAGCCUUCUGGAGAACCAGACUCCCAGCUACCUACAGAGCAGCCAACAGGACCCUCGACGCUGCCUCUGCUGCCUCUGCUGUUUGCAGUUGGGAGUCUUCUGCUGAUCUCGAAUAUUUCUUGUGUUGGGGGAUACUUCUGGCAGCAGAGACUGAAGCGACUUGCAGAGGGCAUCUCAGAGAAGACAGAGGCAGGGUCUGAGGAGGAGCGGGUCAGGAAUGAAUAUGAGGAGAGCCAGGGCACUGGGGACCGGGACACUCGGAGUUCAACGGUCAGCACGACUGAUGUAGAGCCAUAUUACCACUCCAUGAGGGACUUCAGCCCCCAGCUGCCCCCUACGCUGGAGGAGGUAUCAUACCACCAAGGUCCCUCAGGUCGGGAGGAGGAGUUCAUGGCCUUUCCCGGGCACCUGUAUGAUGAGGUGGACAGACUCUACUCCCCAUCUGGAGCCUGGGGGCCCCUCUAUGAUGAAGUUCAUAUGCAGAGAGACCCCCGCUGGCAUGGGAAUACGUAUGAGGAUCAAAGAAGAAUCUACGAUCAGGUGGCUGGAGACUUGGAGCAUGUGGAAGCUGAUUUUCUCCCCUUUGAGCUGCGGGGACAUUUGGUGUGA